ACGAUUACGUAAUUAUUCGGCGUUAUGCUACAUUCGCAUGUUUCCAUAUGUGGGCGUAACUAAUAUCCGACUAGACAGUAAAAGCAUUGAUACAAAAGAAAUGGAUUGCUUGUUAGCGUAUUACACUGAGAAAUUUACGAAAAUCGACGGGAAUAUAUUCGAAGUAUUUACAAAGUUUUACAACCUUGAUUUAUCCCCUGUAGAUUCCUGGCUGGAAAGCCAAUUUAAAAACAAAGUCGAGAAAGAUGACCAGUUAUCAACUUUUUACAGGCAAGAGGGUAACAAACAUUAUGCCCGUAAAGAUCUGGUGAAAAGUCUAGAGUUUUACACCAAAAGUUUAUGUUGUGCCACUCCUAAUGGUCGGGAGUAUGGGCUAGCAUUGGCAAAUAGAUCUGCUGUUUCCUUUGAAAUGAAGGAAUAUGAGAACUGUUUGAGAGACAUCGACUUGUGCUUCAAUACCAAUUACCCGAGAGAUCUUAAACCAAAAAUAUUUCUGAGAAAGGCAGAUUGCUAUUUUGAAAUUGGUCAGAAAGAAAAUUUGGACAAGUGCAUAAUGGAAGCGUUAAAAUUUCUGUCUGCAGAAAAUGUUCCAGAUAGAGAUAAGCACCGUUCAAAAUUAGAACAGAUCGGAAAAGCCAAAAUUAAAAUGAAACUCAUAGAAAGUUACAGGGAAUGCUCAAAUGAUUUGCCAGAAUUUGAUGAAGGGGAAAAUGAACACUUCUCUUCUGCAUCUAGUAAGCUUAAGAUGAGUUAUGAUAAAGCUAGAGGGCGACAUGUAAUCGCGAAAAAAAAUAUACGGAAAGGUGAUGUCUUAUUUAUAGAAAAAGCCUUCAUUUUCGCGCCAGUGUUUAAGGAAAACAACAAACAGUUUUAUUCCUUUAAAUGUUACAAUUGCUUGAAAGAUAUAAUCAGCAGCAUACCAUGUCGACAAUGUACGUUGUGUGUUUAUUGCAAUGAAAAAUGUCGGUUGUCAUCUUGGAACGAUGGUCAUAAAUGGGAAUGCGAAGGCAUGCGGGCCAAUAUAUGGUACGAUUUGGGAAUCGGCUUUCCCGCUUUCAAAGCUGUCCUCAAAGGGGUCAAAUCUGGGUUUAAAAACGUCAAGGGAGGAUAUGAAGAAGACCUGAAGCAUUUUGGAGAUAAAAUUGACAAUUACCCUUAUUUUAAUCGCCUAGUUUCCAAUAUUUAUAAGAGCAAGAACGCUGCUCCUUACAUAGUGAUGGCAGCCAUUGUGGUCACCUAUUUAAAAAAGUACACAGACUUUUUCACUUGGUUCCUCAAGCAGCAAAAUUGUCCCAAGGAUGACUUUAACAACCUCAUCAAAUAUGUGGGCGGACUUAUUACUAAACACAUAGCCCAGUUGUCUUGCAAUUCGAGCAUCAUUGAACACUGGACAUACUCUUCCACCGAUGUGCUGUUUCCCGACAUAUUGAUAACCACGGCAUGUGGAAUAUUCCCCUCCGUUAGUAUAAUGAAUCACUCGUGCCGGCCCAACGUUACAAACUUUUUCAUCUGUGAUACGAUGGUGGUAAAAGCGUUAGAAGAUAUCAGAGAAAACGAUGAAGUUUUCAAUUGUUAUGGGAUCGACUACAGGGGGAUGAAUCGGGAGCAGCGACAAAUCGCUUGCCGCAGUUUGUAUCAUUUCGAGUGUAAAUGUGUGAUUUGCAGUGACCAGUCCAAGGAAGUGGACAUGUUGGACAGCUACCUGUGUCCCAAAUGCAAAGGUCUCGUGCCCGAGAUACCAAACACGUUCUUUAGUUUUUGUGUUAAUUGCGGCGACGAGUACUCGCUGAGGCCCUUCAGGAAAAUCAAUGAAGAGGCCAGAAAGUACCUGGAGAGCAGCGAUACAAAUCAGCUCGAAUUGUUGAUAAAAAGUCUUAAAAUCAGGGAGAAAAUUCUUUACAAGCAUCACAAAGACUUUGAGGAAGUCUAUUACCGGUUGUACAGUUAUUAUGUGGAGAUAGGCGACGCGGAGAAUAUGUUCAAGUAUUUUCACGCGUGGUUGGAGAAUGAAAAGGCGAGGAGAGGCGCGAAUUCUCGAGGCAUCGGGACGAAACUUUACGAAGCCGCGUUGGCCAUAUUGCAUUGUCUGCAGAGCGGACACCCCAAGAACUGCACUAAUUUGAAGGCGUUUUUGCAAAACGUCGAGCAUAUGAUACGAGAAGCCAAGGUGGUUCUGAAUUUGUAUUAUCCCGCUUAUAUAACAAAUAGACUGAGUAGAAAGAUACAGUUUAUAUCGAAUAAGUGAUUUUUUUAACGGAAUAAAAGUUUA